AUGUGCCCGAAGCAAUGUCACUCAAAGGCGAAAUGGAAUGGAAAACGGGGGGCGUAUAAAUUCGAAAAAUUCUCCACCCCCCCUUCUCUCUCUCCCCCCCUCCGUCGUCCGAUUUCCCGACGCCAUCGUGCGCAUCGCCGGCCAGGACAAGGCAUACAUACAGCGGCCCCGGCCCCUCGUAGAGAAAAGAAGAGACCCACCCAGAGGCAGAGGCCCGCCUCAAAUGCGCCGCCGGCCGCGCGCCGCCGCACGAUGAGCCCCGCCGCGACGGACGCCGGCGGCGACCUCUUCGCCGCCAACCUCAAGGGCGCGCUCCUCGCCGUCGCCUCCUCCGCCUUCGUCGGGGUCAGCUUCAUCGUCAAGAAGAAGGGCCUCCGCCGCGCCGGCGCCGUCGGCUCCCGGGCAGGUGUCGGAGGGUAUGGGUACCUCUGGGAGCCGCUCUGGUGGGUCGGGAUGGUCACCAUGCUUGUUGGGGAGACCGCCAAUUUCGUGGCUUACAUGUUUGCGCCAGCCGUCCUCGUCGCGCCGCUCGGCGCACUCAGCAUCAUUGUCAGUGCUGUUCUAGCCCAUUUCAUGCUGAAUGAGAAGUUGCAGCGGGUGGGCGUCCUGGGCUGUAUUCUCUGCAUUGUUGGGUCGACGGUGAUCAUCCUCCACGCUCCCGAGGAGAGGUCCCCGGACUCGGUGGAGCAGAUUUGGCGGCUGGCAACGCAACCUACCUUCCUUUGCUACGCUGCUCUAGCAGUGGCUGUUUCAUUGCUUCUUAUGCUAUAUUGUGCUCCACGGUAUGGGCAGACGAACAUAAUGAUCUAUGUUGGUAUUUGCUCUGUUAUCGGAUCCCUCACGGUAAUGAGCAUCAAGGCUGUGGGCAUUGCGAUUAAACUUACCAUUCAGGGCGUAAACCAGGCUGGGUACUUCCAGACGUGGCUGUUUGUGACGGUUUCAGCUAUAUGCUUAAUCAUCCAGUUAGUUUACCUAAACAAGGCAUUGGAUACUUUCAAUACAGCGCUGGUUUCUCCCAUCUAUUAUGCCAUGUUCACAACCCUCACUAUUUUAGCAAGUGCCAUAAUGUUCAAGGAUUGGUCUGGGCAGAGCGCAAGCAUUAUUGCCUCUGAGACUUGUGGAUUUCUCACAGUUCUUGCCGGUAUUAUUGUGCUACAUUCCACCAAAGAAUCCGAUCAAAAUCUGUCCCCAGACCUUUAUGCAUCUCUCACUGCGCCCCUCCCUCCAAAGAUAUAUUGGCACAUCCAAGGAAACGGCGACGUAGGGAAGCAAAAGGAGGACGAGUCGCUUCCCUGCGAUUUCAUCACCGUCGUGCGCCAGGACUACUUCGUCUAG